UAUGAGCAUGACAUUCAUCUGCCAUGUUCAUAAGACUCGGUAUACAGAGUAAAAGCAGAUAAGGAGAAAGACAAUGUGGAGCCCCUGCGGCAUAUGAGGUCGUCCGGUGGUCUGUGGCUAAAGUGCGCAGGGCGGAAUUGGUGAAGAUUUUUGGCAAAUGUUCUGCAUGUUCUGUGCCUCGAAACGCCACAGGAGUUUACAGGAGGAUCGUGUCGCUGUGAACCUUUUUCAGAAUGUGUCACGUCGUUUCUGCCUACGGAUUCCGUUGUGGGAUACAUCUGUGCCAGACGCAGAACAAGGUUGCUUUGAUUCAUCCAGAAGGACAGUGGUAUAAAACUUCAGCAAGCGCGUGGAGACUCGAAGGGUAAACAUCACGGUUGGUCCGAUGAAAUGAAGUGCUCUGUUAGGAAUCUAAGAUACUCGCUCGCACCAGCACCGGUCAAUCUCAAACCAAACCUCACAUCUCAAGGCUCAAACCAAACUUCAAUCGGCAAACUCGAUUAUGUCUUCUCAGUCUUCUCUUUAUGCUUACUCCAGAGGCUCUGGUCAGAGUCUUUAAACGUAGACAUUUUAUGUGAUACGAACGAAUCAUACUGAGUUUGGUAGAUACGAACGUCACCACUUGGAUUCAUAUCAACUCCUUGAGUACUAGUACGAAGUGACAGUCCGGAAACAGAACUAAAUUUCAUAAUGUCCCAUAUUGCCUAACUCACCUUUGAGCGAGAAUGAGACCCCACGGGUCGCAUAUUUGUGAUGCGUAUAAAUGAAAGAUGGUUUCACGUGUGCGUCACCAAAUCAGUCCACCAGCAAAACGUCAGUAGCUGGUGUGUUCUUUCAUAAUGAUUAUAGCUGCCAGGAGUUUGUCGAAGAGUACUAACUUAGGACGUGUCCAUGAACGAGAUGUAUGUGAAGAUCAUGAAGGGGACCAUGGAUCAGACACAGUGGUGACCUAUGCAGAAGACGGUGGUGGAAAGAUACUCGAGGUGUGGGUUUUGUUUGAUUCUGCCCUAUGGCACCUGGCAAGGUGCAAGGUGGGAGUUGGGAGAAGGGCAUGUCCUCCAGAGAAGCUCGGAAGUUCCUCCGCACAACGUUUGUCAGGACUCGUUGGUGGUGGUGUAUAGUGAUGACCUCUCAUGUGUCAAACACGUUAACAUUUCGUCGUAAGAUUGUGACAAAUCCUCGACGAAUGCAUAGAAGUUCUCGCCUCCUCGAAGAAGCACAGCAUUUUCUUCUCUUCAGCCAGGCGAGAGUUGGUCGCCGCAUGAACAGUCUGUCACCAGUAGGGUGAUGGCAAGAGACGAAUUAAGAAUCACGUGGGUGUGGAGCUGGAGAAUUACAGAUCUGGGUUUCCUGUCGGAUCUUGUGUAUGGAGUGAGUAGGUUUUCAACCGAAGGCUCUAUAUACUAUAUGUUAGGUUCGAAGGACGAGUGUGCAUCUGAUCCUGACUUGGCUCAUCUCUUUAAAGAAACGAUCUGUCCUGUCGGUCCUGCGAGGCUAUUCUCUGCAAGGGCCGAGAUGCCCUUUCAGAAUAUAGCCUCGAAAAAACGCGGGGAAAAACUAGCAAACUUCACCGUCGAACUUCCCGAGCAUCUCGGCGAAAAGAUUGUUUCCAGACUUCAAGCGCCUGUGUAGUCGAUACGCUGGUACUCCAAGUUUGCUGUCGGUGCUAGUUGCAGUUUCGUGAAAGACUCUGCAACCAGCACCGACGGCAAACUUUAUCUCUUUCUCUAUAUUCUGUCUUCUCUAUUUCUUGCAAGGUCAAGUCUGUUCCAUCUACUAGGUCAGUUUCUGUCCUGCUUUCGUGUCAAGUGGAGAAUUUGGUGCCCAUUUGACAGGUUUCGAUCGAAGCUCCGGAAUUUGUCGAACGCUCACCAUCCAUCCUGCAGUCCCAUAUCCAAAGGAAGCGUAUGCUAGGACAAAUUUUUGGGGAGAUGCAUCAUGUUGUCCAGGGACCCUUCCCAGGCUGGAACUGGAUUCGACAAAGCCAACGUUUUGACCGGACUCUGGAGACUUCUGCCGUACCGCCACAAAGCAACAAAAAACCUAUGGCACUGGUAAUCCAACUGGCUCACAUGAAUACAAGCUGCUCCUCGAUGAACUGGCAGAUAAACCAGACUGGAGUGAUCAGAUUUAUGAUAUCUCAACCAGGGCAUGGUCAGAAAAUUCAACUGAAUUGGAUUUUUUCAGUUCGUCAACAAACAGUGCUUUGGAUGGUGAAAUGAGUUUCCUGUACAAGUGACCACGGCAGAGAGCUUACAUGGUCAUAUUGAAAUACACUAUGGAUAGUGGGACUGGACAGAGAGUAAUUCUCGCGUUUAUAAAAAGAACGAGAAACUUCUAAACGGAGAUGCGUAUUUGUGUUCUCCAAAGGUUCAGCUGACAAAUAUUUUUGAAGUUCGAGACAUGAAAGUAUGUAGCCAAGUUCCGUCCCAUGACAUCCGAGCUAGAAUGUACGAACUAGACGUGAAAUCCUUGAAACUCUUGGAAGAGUUCAAAAAAGUCAUCAAGAAUGUUAGUCCAUGAAUUAAUUGUAUCAGACUUUUACUGCAUUCUCUUUUCUGAGAUUUUGGUGAUGAAGGUCGUUUGUCACUCUCUAGAUUUAGUUAAAGUGAGCGAACGUGAUUGAGACAUCAUUCUUCUCCAGGAAAUGGAAGUCAAGCUCCUGAAAUGGAAGAAGUUUUCUUCCUUUUAACCGUGUCUAAUGCCUUUUGCUCGGGCCUGACUCCAACAAGAGGAUUCUCAUGUAAGGGACGUACGUUCAAAGCCUAUUGUGGUUGGAAGAAUGGACUGAAGUGUGCUUCCGAAGGAUCUUUUCUGAAGUCCUGGAUUCAACUGUUGUUCCUCUGAAACAAGCUGGACGGGAGUAGCUCGAUACUACAUACACCUACCUUAUUAUAUGUUCUG